UAAGUUCUCUUUGCCCUAUAAAUACAUAUUUCUCACUCACUGAUUCAAAUGAAUGUGUUUUGCUCAAAGGUCUAUGCCAUUAAGGAGGAAGAAAAAAGUUGUUUGUCAUCAGUUCUCCCAUUCUUUCAACCACACUCCUUGAAAAGACUCCACAGACAAACUAAUAACCUAGUGACCGUUGUUCCAGCACAUGCCAUCAUUAUGAACAAUCAAUUCAGCAGCGCCGGGAAUCAUGACCAGAAUCCAGUGUUGAUCCCCAAGCUGGCGAAACUUAAACCUGUGGACAUGAAUAAAGGCGCAGGCUCCAGGCCACUCAUGGUCAAACCCAACUUCAUGGUUAACUCUAUGGAGGCUAGAUUCAAUCCUCCAGUUUCGAACAACAAGACCAGUGGUGACUCGAGAUGUGAUGCUGUAGGAGUGAAGCUGCCCAAUAGAGGAAACCAGGAGAACGCUUUUACACAAGCCCCCACUGGAGCCGGAUUCCAGAUUCCUGCCAAACUGCCUAUUAUACAGAAACCUGUUCUCCAUGAAAAGAUCUCUGCAGCACCGGGAACCGCUACUGGUGAUUUGUCAGUGCCAAAAAAGAAGUCUCUUCCCAGUGUGUUUGCUUUAGGAAAAUGUCCUGCUAAACCACAGAGACCUCCACAUGUUAACCUCAACAAGUUCAGAGGGAACGUAUCCAACACCAGCAACCCUGAGGAACAUUUCUCCCUCCGACCCCCACCACCUCCAGAACGCCUGUCAAUCACAUCUGUGACUCCACCCCCACCCCCACCCUUCACAUUUCCACCUGCUCCCCCUCCAGUGGAUGAGGAGGGUUAUUACGAUGAUACGGACAUCAUGAGCCGGAUGGAGACUUCACUAGGUAAAAGCAGCAACGACCCUGAGGAGUCAGACGAGGACAUGUACGAGGAUCUUGAUCACAAUUGGCCAGAGCAAAACAAAGAACAGAAAGAAGAAAAGACGACAAAAGAAUCAAAGGAACUCAAGAAAAAGCUGGAAAAAGAAGAGAAGAAACGCUUGGAGCAGGAGAAGAAAGAGAAGAAAGAGAGAGAGAAAAGGGAGCAGGACGCCAGGAAAAAGUUUAAAAUCAAGGGUCCGAUUGUGGUGGUUGAAACAGCGAAGGCCAGUGUGGAUCACAAGGGUGGAAAGAACAAACUUCCACUGAAGCAGGGAGAGAGCAUUGAAAUUGUACGUAAAACAGAAAACCCAAAGGACUAUUGGCUCUCCAGAAACACUGAAGGCCUCUAUGGUUUUGUGAAACCGGACACUCUAGAUGUUGUGGGAAGCACACAGGAGGAACAGGAGGUGUAUGAUGAUGUGUGCGCAGAUGAUGAAGUCAAUAAUCUGCCAGAUGUGUAUGUGAACUUUCCAAAGUUCAGCUCAACAAGCAAGACAGACGAGAUGGACCCGAAGAAAAAGAAGAAGUUUGAGAAAGAGUUUAGAAAGAGGUUUAAAUAUAAUGCGGAAAUCAAAGUGCUGUAUCAAGCUACUGUUCUCCAAUCGCUGUCUAUAAAGAAGUUUGGUAAUAAAGACUUACCAGUCAAACCCGGAGAAAUCUUUGAUGUGAUCGUUCAUCCAGGAGAUGACAAACUCAUCGGCCGGAACAGCGAAGGAAAAUUUGGCUAUGUGUCUACUGCUAAUUUGGAGCAGGACGCCUCUGUUUAUGAUGAUAUUGGUGACGAGUGCAUCUACGACAACGACUAAGCAUGGAUAAACCCGUCUAGUGUGUUUUUAUCAUCUUUCAACCUCCUUAUUUGUCAUUAAUUCUUUCACCAAAAAAACUGUGCAUUGUUUGAGAAUGAUAUAUAGUGAAUAUAAUAAAAUGUAUAUAUAAAGUCACCUGAGUAGGAAUAAAGUCA